CCGUUUUGCUGCAGUUUUAAAUCAGAGAGAUAGAAUGUCACUUCGACAGAAAGUUGCAGCAAGCAUCAGGAUGACAAUUGGGUCAAUCAACUUUUUCUCCCAUAAAACUCAAUUGUCCCCUAGACUUCUUUGGCAUUUCGUAUGGAAUGAGAGUGAGCCAUUGGGGUUAUACACUUCAAAUCGUCCCCAAUCCUUAUACUGAUCGCCCAAUAUGGCCAGUCCGGGCCUGGUAAAAAGAAAUAUCAUUCCGAAGUCCUUCCCAUCUUCUGUUGGCAUUUAUGAUUAGCUGGAUCUCUACAUUCUCUUUUGUUACUCGGCAACGAAUUUCAAAGAAAAUCUGAGAAAUGCGUUCUGAGACCAUUCCCUCCGAACAAGUUAUUGUCGCCUCUACACUUGCAACUUCGAGCGUCGACUUUCAGUCACUCAUUGCCAAUCGCAUCGAGUCUAGUCUCGCUAAAUAUUUUGUUUCGAUCAGUCAGUUGGUGUCUUUGAUGUCACAACCAAACGAAUUCGAAAAUUUUGGAUUUGUGUCCGUUCAAAUUUUAUGGAUCGACCGUGCACGAUUCCGAAUCAUCAAUUUAGACAUAGAAAAUUGUCUUGACUUAAGAAACAAACAAAAAACGAUCACGAGACUAACGAAAGCUAAUUUUCUAUUUGUGCUUAAUUCUCUUGAUUCGCAGGACUCCGAUUCAUCCGACGCUCGAUCAUCGCUACCCAAAGUCAGUGACGUGAAACCAAAGAAAUGUGAAACGGAUGCUAUGCCACAUCAGUCAUCACACAGGUCGAACAGGCAUAAUCGUUCGGACGAGAAAUCGAGCAGUUCGUCGAAAGAAGUGGAUCGCUACAAAUCGGACAAAAGCAAAGAAUCGUCCGGUCGUGAUAGAUUCACCGAGAAAACGAGAGAUAAGACGGAUAAGCACAGGAACAGGGAUCGUGAUCGCGAACGUGACAGAGAUCGACGGGAGAAGGGUCGCAGCAGACCGGAAAAGGAUGACAAAUAUUCCCGUCACAGAGACAAUCGUUCAGACAGCAGACGCGAUCGAAAUGAUAGAACUGACCGCAACGAUCAAAGACGCAGUGAUAAGGACCGAUAUGACAGAGGCCGUGAUCGUCAUAAUAAUACCAGAUCAAAAUCCAAAUCCAGAUCUCGGUCACGCGACAACGGCUCACGGGACAAUUUGCCCCCACCACGGUCUUAUCAGCAUGAUCGAAGUGCAAUCAAAGAACCGCCCAAAAGUCUUAUGUCACUUCAACUACCCCAAAUGCCAUUGGUAACGGCAUCUGUAACAAAACAAAUCACGCCUGCUCCCACCACCACCACCACCGCAACCACAACCAUUGUUGCCGCUACUGCACCGCCGAACCUAAUUAGUCCAUUGUUGGCCAGUGCUCGGUACACAGAACAAAUGCAGAAGCGAAAACUGCUGUGGGGUAACAAGAAAGUCGAAGGCGAACAACAGACCACAAACAAUCGUUGGGAACAGACGAAAUUUUCACAGGAUUCGGAUGGUAAAAUGGCGACGAAGUUUUUGCGAUUGAUGGGCAUGAAAGAUGCACCGAAAGUGGCUGAGGAUGAGACACAAAAAGCACCUGAUUCGAUCAAAAAGCAAACCGAAAUGUUGUCGACGAUGGAACAGCAAUACGAAGUGGCCAGACAAAUGACACACACUAUGAGAGGAAUGGGUCUGGGCUUUGGUACUCAGCCGCGGAACUAUUGAGUGGAUUUUGGUGUAAUUUUUUGACCAUUGAUGAUGUGGACGGAUCUGUAAAUAAAUGAGAAUUUUGUCGUAAA